CCUCCUAAAUGUUUCCUCUGUAGCUGCAUAAGCUGGCAGGCAGCCUGAGAUGGAACCCUCCUCAGAAGACCCCCACCUCUACCGGACCACCCGGCUCCUGGGACUCACCAGCCUUCUCCUCAGCAUCUGCAGCACAGUGGCCCAUAAUCCUGGACCACGUGGUUCUGAAGCUCAGGAUUCUGGAGCUCAUGUUCCCCUGCAGGGGAUACGAGGAGGUUCUGUGUUGUUUCAUGUGACCAAGAAGCAAGAAGCUGACCCAGAGGAGGUCUCGUGGGGCUUUGGCCCUGAGUCAAACUACAGAGUCUUCUUGCGAGUCCACCGUGGGAAAGACACCCCAACCUGGGUCAGCCUCCAGGACAAGUACCAGCAGAGGGUCCAUGUGCCCAAUGUGACAUCCCUAAGGAUUGAGAACCUGACCCCAGAGGACAGUGGGCAGUACCGGGCUCGAGCCAGCUUCACUGGAGGAAUAGAAUUUACCCAGGUUUUCCGCCUCACUGUCAAUGAGCCCGUGAUCCUUCCUGAGAUUCUGGUCAAGUCAUCAUCCAUCACACCAGGCUGGUGCAAUGUCACCCUGGAGUGCAAGUCCCCAGGAAACAGAGAGGAGCUGAAGGUGACCUGGGAGAGUGAGGGCCUUCCCAGGGAGCUGGAGUGGAGUGGGAGACCAGGACUAGCUCCCAACACCUGGCAACUGACUAUGAACUUGUCCCUGAGUCAGCCCAAUGCCAGACUCACCUGUGUGGUCAGCAACCAUGUGGACAAGAAAACUGCCUCUGUAGACUUUGUGCAAGUCUGUUCUCAUAGUUCACACAGACAGACGAUUGCUGGCCCCCUUGGAGGCAUCCUAUGGACCAUCGUGGUUGUGCUAUUCUUCCUGGGAACUUGACUGUGCUUUUGGAAAAUGUAUAAGAGGUAAAGGAACAUGGAUACUGGAAGAGGCAAGUUGCACUUCUUUUUCCUCCCCAGAUAACUCCACUCUUUCACUGAAACCCGUUCUUCUUCAUUUUGCUGCUCAGAGAUUUCCCCCUGCAAAAGGGCUGAUGGGUGUGAAAAUGGCUUUGGGGUCAUAACCAUGGAGCUGGGCUCAGGUUUUUGAGACUGAGAUUCAAGCUCCACUCUGUGUAUGUGUGUGACUCAGCAGAAGCAUUGCAGGAGGAUCACAGGAGCCAUGAUGAUGGCAACGGGACAGAGCCAAGUUAAGAAGAAUAUCAAGAAGGCAUGUACCAGGUGAGAGGCGGGAGCUGUGAUCAUCGAGGGCUGCACCAGGUUCCUCUGCAGCUGCACUUGUGCUUAUCAAACCUAAUUGCCAGAAGCCAGCAUGGGGAAUCCCACCCGUGGCAAAGGUCAUGAUGAAGAGGCCUGAUAGGCAAAGGCGAGAUCAGGCCUCGAGGAAACCCCCAUGGGCCUUCUUGAGCAUCUACCCCAAAACCAGAAUCUGUCUGUUUUAUUAUUUUAUGACUUUCACCAACGUUUCUGACAUUA